UCCUCUUCUUCGGAGAUGAGGACGGUUAAACAGAGCUACCAAGUCCAACAGCACUACCAGCAGCAGUUUUCUGGAUCACAGCAGCAGUACCAACAACCACAGCACCAGUUUGUGCAGCACCAAAUGUCUCAGCAGACCUCGUCCUCCUCUCAGCACCCCCCAGUCUUCAGUAGAGAGUACCCGGUGCCUGUCCAGACCAACUCCCAGCCUGCGAAUUUUGGACCACCCGGCUCUCCUUUCUCUCAGCCCAGCGUCCCUCAGCAGAGAGCUGCCCAACCUCAGUAUGCCCCCCAGAGCGCUGCCCAACCUCAGUAUGCUCCCCAGAGCGCUGCCCAACCUCAGUAUGCUCCCCAGAGCGCUACCCAACCUCAGUAUGCUCCCCAGAGUGCUGCCCAACCUCAGUAUGCUCCCCAGCAAGCUGCUCAACCCCAACAUGCUCAACAGAACGCAUCUGCACCACCUCAGUAUGCUCCUCAGAACGCUGCCCAACCUCAGUAUGCUCCUCAGAACGUUGCCCAACCUCGGUCUUCUCCUAUGAAAGCGGCCUCACCUCAGACAGGCAGACAGAACGCUACUCCUCCUCCUACUAAGGUUGAUGCCUCAGAGAAUGUCCCCGGGUACAGUAGUGCUUACACUGCUGUCCAAGGAGAGUGGCCGCCCAAGAUCAACAAUGCUCCUAACAUGACGACGACUUACCCCUCUGGGUUCAAAUUCAAGGAAAACGCCCCCGUCGACCACAGCGUGCCUGUUAAGGUGGUGAUGUCACAGCCCGCCUUCAAGAUCAGUCAGCCCAUCAGGCGACGAGGAGACGACAAGUGGCCCCCUAAAGGCUUUGGCGAACCUGUACAAGAAGAGGUUCGUGAAUUCAUAAAGCCCAAGAAAAUGCAACGGGACUAUGGCGGUUUCUUCUCCCAGAACGCCCUGCCCAACAACUACGCCGGCUACCGCCCUCCUCCAGGCACCCAGCACUUCGGUACAGACGAGAACGACGAGGAGGAAGUGGAAGCCGGAGUCUCCAACAUGUAAAAGAUUCUGGAGUCUUCGUCUUCUCUCUCCUACACAACGCGAGCUCAACGAUACACCCCCUUUCUCCUUUGCCCCUCCCUUUUCUCCUCCCCUUCAAGCAAUGUCUCUCGCACGUCAAAUUAUGUAAGAAUUCUUAACGAUGUUUCAGCGACAUCAUCAUGUAACGCCGUUGAACGCGUUCUCUUCUCAAACUACUGUACGUUUUUGUUGAGCUAUUCAAUGUACUACUUUCUUAAACAUUUUGCCACGCCGUUCAACGUGUUAUUUUCUCAACCAACAUAUUGCCACACCGUUCAACGUGUUAUUUUCUCAACCAACAUAUUGCCACACCGUUCAACGUGUUAUUUUCUCAACCAACAUCUUGCCACACCGUUCAACGUGUUAUUUUCUCAACCAACAUCUUGCCACGCUGUUCAUUACUCUCUUAACAAGUGUUCCCAUCUCUUAUUUUUUUCGUGAAAUGUUCAUAAUGAAAAACAAAAACACAACAGCACAAAUGUUCCACGAUGCUGAAGGCUUAACAAAUAUCACUUAGUCUUGAUUUUCCGAAAACCAAAAAAAUAACACUUUUACUUAAUUUUAAAGAAACCUCGAAAGUUUCUUGAAUGGCUUUUGUCACAACUAUCUAGUCAUGCUGUUUUGUUUCUCUAACUAUUUCUAAUGUGAUGUCGAGUUGAUCUUUGGCCUUCUGUGUGCCCUCUCUUUCACCUUCCUCAACUCUGACAUCUACCGAGUGCUUAAAUGCUAUUUUUACUAGAAUUUAAUGUUAAGCCAACUCCCAUAUUAUAAAAAAAACAAGAU